AUGGGGGGACCGGCGGUCGAGUCGGCGCAGGAGGAAACCAGAGGAGAGGCGGAGGAAACAGCGACGGAAGUUUCCCUCCCGGAAGGUCUCGUGCUUCGUGACUUAAACGAGGGUGACUAUAGCAAAGGAUACAUGGAGCUCCUCUCACAACUAACAACCAUUGGUACAGUAACAGAGGAGCAAUUUAGAGACCGGUUCGCCCUCCUGUCCCAGCGCUCCUCGGACUAUCGCAUCGUGGUGAUUGAAGACACGGUGAACAACAGAGUGGUGGGGACAGGCACUCUAUUAACAGAGCUCAAGGUCCUUCGUUCCUGCGGCAAAGUGGGGCACAUAGAAGACAUAGUGGUGCACAGCAGCAUGCGGGGGAAGCACCUGGGGCACAGAAUCAUCCAAACGCUCACCGAUAUCGCCAAGAAACAAGGUUGCUAUAAGGUCAUUUUAGAUUGUGAUGAGAAGAAUGUAGACUUUUACAAAAAGUGUGGCUACAGUGUCAAGAAUGUAGGCAUGGCAGUGUAUUUUUAA